CGAAAAACACCAGACAACCCUUGGAUCGCAUCUUCUUCUUCAAGGUAUUCAACUUCCAAGAGGAAAUAGCAUGUCGUCGCUACGGAUCGCCGUAUUUAUGGCCGUGGUCCUGAUGGUUUUCGUUGACUGGUCGACAGCCCUUCCGGCCGCCGACAAGGAGCGACUCUUAAACGAGGUAGACCUCGUGGACGACGACGGCAGCAUCGAGACCGCUCUGAUCAAUUACCUGUUCACGAAGCAGGUCGUAAAACGACUUCGAAACCAGCUGGACAUUGGCGAUCUUCAGCGUAAGCGCAGCUACUGGAAACAGUGCGCCUUCAACGCUGUCUCCUGCUUUGGCAAAUAA